GCGAGGCCUCUGAACUGAAGCCAGAUCUGGAGCUACAGUUGCCUCUGGAGGCGGCAUGAAUCUGUCCCAGGCUCCAGCCAGCGCAGGACUUUGCCAGGAGUCCAGGGGUCUUGGUCUAGGUUGGCAACUCACCCCAGACACCCUCUCUGCAGUGCCCAGGGCCUGGUCCGCCGCCUCUGCCCCUGGAAGGUCAGGGCCUGGCCUUUGGGGAGGGAGACCGACUUGGGUCCCGAGCCCACUCUGCAUCUUAACCGUGCAGCCUUGGACGGCUGCUCAGCCUCUCAGCUCCUGUUAGGGAUUCUCCCACCCAGGUGAAGCCACUGGGUCUGUCUCACUGACCUGGAGGCCAGCUGGGACCGGGGACAGCAGCCAGGAUGCUGGCCCCUUCUCCAAGGAGCCCCAGCCUUGUGGCCAGGGACUGGGGCCACAGCCGUGCCCAGCUGUGGGUUCACCAGGCAUCGUUGGACAUUCAGCUGGGAGCCCGCGUGGGAGAGGGUGCAGGAGGAGACUCGGGUUCUGGCGUCUGUGGCUGCGGCAAAGCCUGGACGGAGAGCAAGCUAGAGAGCUCUGUAGCCCGAGGCACCCCCUCUGUGAGGCAGGGUGCCAAGACCUCACCAUUUGGGGCUUUGCUUGUGGAGUCAGCUCAGCAAGGGGCCCAAGGCCCCAGGACACAGCCGGGCCCGGGAACUGGCAGGAUUAUUCCCCUGGGUGAGGCUGGGGCCACCCACCUCCCUGAGCUCGGCUCUGCACCUCCAGAGAGGCAGGGAGGGCCUGCAGCACAGCGGUGUCCCCACGGGUUCGGGUGCUGCUCAGACAGGAUCGCCCUGGGUCCUCCCAACUGCCCAGGGGAGCGGACGUGGCCUCACAGCUGCUCCGUGGGGGUUCCCCGUAGGGUGUUCUGGCCCAGAGCCCACGGUCACUGCCCUGCCUUGUGUCAUCACAAUCCAUCAACAGAGUGUCACACCCUCAUGUCCGCUUUGACCCAGAUGGGCAGCCUGCCCACUUGGCCCUCCAGACAACCUCAUUCCAGAAACCAGCCCUCACCCCAAACUCCUUCCCCGCCUCCCAGAGGGCCCGGCCGGGGGGGUGAGUGGGCCUGAAGUCACCCCCACACCAACGCUGCCCCAAGAGAGCCCCCCGGGUGGGCAGCAGAGGCCAGCCUGACUGUUGCAGCUCACGCCCCGCCCUCCAUCCCCUGCUCCCAGACCAUGAACUUCCAGGUAUCAGGCCUGGGCCUGGACAACAUGAAGCUGGACUGUCCCCCGUCCUUCCUGGACCAGGAGGAGGAGGCCGAGGAGGCCGAGGAUCAGCAGCUGCUGGAGCCGGAGGCCUGGCGCACCUAUGUGGAGCGGCGCAACGCUCUGCGCGAGUUCCUGACCUCGGACCUGAGCCCCCACCUGCUCAGGCGCCACCACGCCCGCAUGGACCUCCUCCGCAAAUGCUCCUACUACAUCGAGAUCCUCCCCAAGCACCUGGCUCUGGGCGACCAGAACCCGCUGGCGCUGCCCUCUGCCGUGUUCCAGCUCAUCGACCCCUGGAAGUUCCAGCGCAUGAAGAAGCUGGGCACCGCCCAGACCAAGAUCCAGCUUCUGCUGCUCGGGGACCUGCUGGAGCAGCUGGACCACGGCCGCUCCGAGCUGGACGCCCUGCUGGAGUCGCCCGACCCGCGGCCCUUCCUGGCGGGCUGGGGGCUGGUGGAGCAGCGGCUGGCGGACCUGGCGGCCGUCAUGGACAGCUUCCUCGCCAUGAUGGUGCCAGGGCGCCUGCAUAUCAAGCACCGCCUGGUGUCUGACGUUGGCGCCACCAAGGUCCCGCACAUCCGGCUCAUGCUGAGCACCAAGAUGCCCGUCGUGUUCGACCGCAAGGCGUCGGUGGCCCACCAGGACUGGGUCAGCCUGCGCUGGUUUGUCACCAUCCAGCCGGCCGCGGCGGAGCAGUUCGAGCUGCGCUUCAAGCUGCUGGACCCGCGGACCCAGCAGGAGCGGACGCAGUGCGGGGCCAUCCCCGUGGCCGCCUGCACCGUCGCCGUCCGAAACCUGCUGCCCAACCGCUCCUACAGGUUCACCGUCAAGAGGGCGGAGAGCUACACGCUGGUCUACGAGCCCUGGCGGGACAGCCUCACCCUGCAGACCCGGCCAGGGCCUCCCGAAGGGCCCGCUCCCGGCCGGCUGGGCAAGCUCAGCCCACCCCUGCCCACACCUUCCGAGAGAUGAUUUUCUAAUAUUUAUCCACUAAUAAAGAGGAGUAUAAAUGCA